AUGGCAGACCUUGAGGAGCCUUUGGUCAAACAUCGAUCUAAUCACAUAACAGAAUUACCUUUAAGCAGAGGUGAAGACCUUCAGUCAAAGUGUUUGCUUGAACUCCAUGAACUUAAGAAAUCUGGUGGAAAAGCAAUGCAGACCCCAGAAGGGUAUUUAUCUGUUACUACUGGUCAUUACGUUGGUUAUGGUCCACCUUCAUCAAUGUAUAUUAGUGUACAACCUUAUGGCUCCUCUCUCUCUAUGCCACCUCCUUAUGAUGUUCAUGUUCCCUCUGCUUAUCAUUAUAGUUACGGAAUUCACCUUUCUGGAGGCAGCAACCCCUAUAGACCCCUCCCACCCCUACUCUGGUGGCUCAAUCAUAGGGUCUACGACCUGGGUUUUAUCGAGAAGAGAAAGCAAAGAAAGGUGUUGAAAACAUUUUAUGGAAAAAGUGAUAAUGAUUGGGUAUGCCCUAAUUGUGGAAAUGUGAAUUUCUCAUUUAGGAUAGUUUGUAACAUGAGAAAAUGCAAUACACCUAAGCCAGGAUCUCAGGCUUCAAUGUCAGGAAAGAACUCCAAAGGAGAUAUGCAUGAUGGGAGCUAG